UGAUGCCUUUUGCUAUAAAUCUCUCACUCUGAAAAAAAAAAUCGACCGAUAAGGCAGGCGACCAUUCAGCCAAAUCAGUUCAGUAAUCGCCUUCGUAGUGCCCAGAUCAGACCAGACCACAGACCACUGACCAAAGACCAUGUCAGCUGGUAAAACUCUUGUUUCUGUUCUCACCGUGGCCUGGCUGAGUGCCCUGUGUUUGCUGCCAGUGGAGACGCAAUGUGACAGUGAUUCGUAUUAUGAGAAGUACUAUGCAGCUCGUCGUUUUAUACCACCCAAACGGAAUGCUCCAUUGUUGUUCAAUUUUACGCUGAAUAUUCCCGAGACAAUACAUCUUCAGGCAGAUGAAAGACCUGCAUUGGUGGGCAAUUUACCCAUUCUGGGUGAAUGGCAAGCGUCUAAGGCUGUUCUACUCAAUAGCACAGCGAUGCAUAAUGUCUGGAAGGGAUCGGUAUUGAUACCACAAAAUAGCAGUGUGGAAUAUCGUUACUUUGCGGCGGCAGUGAAGAGUCCUGGAAAUGUGCAAAUACGUCGUUGGGAAUCGGGUGUGGAGGCAAGAUCAUUUAAUACCACAAAAUUGGCUGGAAAUCGAACAGAUAUCUUACAAGACAUGAAACGCGGUUGGCUCCAGAAGACUGGACAAAUUGUUCAGUUUAAGAUAUUCGGUUUGGAGGCUCUAGAGCUAGAGGAAGAAGCUCCCGAGACCACAGCAGGACAACUACGCCUACGCCUACAAGCUGUAGAUCCUGCCACACUUCUGCCCAUUUUGACUUCAGCUCGUGCCAAGGUGGAAUACGUGAAAAUGUCCUAUGGCAAUAGCAAAUUGAGGCGUCAAAAGGAAUAUGGAGUACCCUACACCAGGCAGGAUAUCCUAAUGUUUCAUAUAACUCUCGCAGAGGCAGAGCAAGUGGCCUAUCUAGUGGAGGUCUAUGCCGAGGAUAUAUCAAACAAUGUGAUACGUUUGCUGGGCUAUGCCCAUUUGCAGCCAUAUACUCUAAAGAAAAGUGAGGGCAAAGUGAACCUUCAGUUGAUCUCACCAGUUUGGCAGCGAGUAAUUGGUAGCCUUCGCUUGGAGUAUCUUGUGGUUAAACCCAUGACAAAUGGCAGUUUUGAUUUUCGCACUAGUUUCGUGAAUUAUUGGCGUUCCAAUUGGACUGCACUCGAGAUAGGACAUCGUGGUUUGGGCAAGAGUCUAACCAUGGCAACCAAUGCGGCUCCCCUCAUUGAGAAUACUCUCGGUUCCAUGUUGGCUUCAGCUGCCUUGGGUGCCGAUCUAGUGGAAUUUGAUGUACAAUUGACCAGUGAUUUGGUCCCCAUUAUCCAUCAUGAUUAUGCCAUACGUGUUUGCAUCGAUUCCAAGACCCCGACAAGUCGUGCUGAUCUCACAGAAGUUUUGCUGAAAGACAUCACAUACGAGCAAUUGAAGGAACUGAAAACUUAUCAGAUUAUUAACAACAAAAUCAUUGAAUAUCCUGCUCAUAAUAAUGUGGCCAAUGAGGAGCAACGUCUAUUUCCCACACUUCAGCAAUUCUUCGAGCAAGUUAAUCUCAGUGUGGGCUUUGACAUUGAAAUCAAAUGGCCUCAACUGAAAGCGAAUGGCUUGUAUGAGAGUGAGCAAACUAUUGAUAAGAAUCUAUUUGUGGAUCGCAUAUUGGAAGUGGUGCAAAAAUAUGGUUGCGGACGUCUAAAUAUAUUAAAAAGUUUCGAUGCCGAUUUGUGUACCUUGUUGCGUUUCAAACAGAAUAUGUAUCCAGUUCUAUUCCUGAGUGCCAGCACGGAGAAUGCCUUUGCCGAUCCACGUGCUGCAAAUGUCGAGCAGAGCAUCAAUUUUGCUCAGGCAUUCGAUUUGGCUGGCAUAGUACCAAAUGCAGUGUUCAUUAAGGCGGAUCCUUCGCUGGUACAGCGUGCCAAGGCUCAAGUGCCUUUGAUUCUGCUCUGGGGUUCAGAUAUCAAGGAUCGUGAGUCCAUCGAUUGGUUCAUCAAGCAGGGACCCACUGGUGUUAUCUAUGAUCGUUUGGAUUUGUGGUUGCCAGCCAAUAAGACAAGUGCCUUUGAGGCAGAAGAGGACUUACCCGAAUUCUUUCAACUACAGUGUUCACCAGCUAACAAAGAACGUUUGGUCAAUGCCACCAUUGAAAGUAUAUUGAGUAAUGUUAAUUUUCUAUAGAUAAAGUCUACCCUUUCUACCUUUCUCUUCUCCCCCCACUGUACUCUAACUAGUUUGAAAAUAAACGAAAGAAAACCCUUUACAAGGAUUUCACCCUGACUAA